ACUCCCCAUUCUCCCUCUCUCUCUACACGUUCUCCUUCCCCUUCUCUCUCUUACAAUUUCUCUGUCUUCCUCCAUUGUUGCCAUUUUUACUCUCUCCACCAUCGGAGGAAGAAGAUUCCGUCAACGAUGUGGGUUCUCGUCGGCGGAUCUCUAGAGUGACGGAAAUGGUGGACUUUGUUACUCAUCAUUUUCACGCCCAUGGAUUUCAAUGCCGGAGUUCCCAUGUCCCGCGAAUCUGGUACCUCCUCCCUAUCACCGUUGCUAAACCAAGAUGCAAUGUGGCCGAUGAAUUUGAGUUCAGUUGAAACAAUGGAAGGCGGGACGUAUCCGGAGCGGCCCGGGGAGCCGGAUUGUUCUUAUUACAUUAGGACUGGUCUCUGUAGGUUUGGUUCGACAUGCCGAUUUAAUCAUCCUCGUGAUCGGAACCUGGCUAUAGCCGCGGCGAGGAUGAAAGGAGAAUACCCUGAGAGGAUCGGUCAGCCUGAAUGCCAGUACUAUCUUAAGACAGGAACCUGCAAGUUUGGAGUGACAUGCAAGUUUCAUCAUCCUAGGAACAAAGCUGGUAUUGCCGGGAGGGUAUCACUAAACGUGUUAGGCUAUCCCAUACGCCCUAAUGAGGUUGAAUGUUCAUAUUAUCUAAGAACAGGUCACUGUAAAUUUGGGAGCACUUGUAAGUUCAACCACCCUCCGCCAACAAACUUGAUGGUUCCCCUUCGUGGUUCCCCAGUUUACCCGGCUGUCCAAUCUCCUACUGCCGGUCAGCAGUCAUAUUCUUGGUCUAGAGCAUCUUUUAUUGCCAACCCGCGAUGGCAAGACCCUUCUAGCUUUGCCUCGUUAAUUUUGCCUCAGGGCAUGGUGUCGGUGCAAGGAUGGAACACUUACAGUGGUCAGCUCGGUUCAGUUUCUUCCUCUGGAAGCCCACAACAGGUAACAGGAAAUGAUCACAACUACGGAAAUCUAAUGCAGAACGAGGCAAAAGAUACGGGGUCUCCCGGGUCAUUCUCGGGUUUCCAUUCAGGCUCCGCCCAGCUAGGGAUUUAUGCACUGCCAAGGGAGAAUGUAUUCCCAGAAAGGCCUGGACAACCAGAGUGCCAAUUUUACAUGAAGACUGGAGAUUGCAAAUUCGGAGCGGUUUGCAAAUUUCAUCAUCCUAGAGACAGACAGAUCCCUCCUCCAGACUGUGUGCUGAGUCCCAUAGGAUUGCCAUUACGACCGGGAGAGCCUUUGUGCGUAUUCUAUUCUCGUUACGGAAUCUGCAAGUUCGGACCGAGCUGUAAGUUUGAUCAUCCAAUGAGGGUGUUCACCUACAACAACAUUAACAACGCCUCAUCAUCGAUGAAUCAAGAAACCCCGUUUAGGCAUCUGCUGGGUUCGUCGUCAUCAGGAGGAGCCGCAUCAAUAAGUUUGUCGUCUGAGGAGCUUGUGGAGACAUCAGCCGCUAAACCCAGAAGGCUCUCAGUGUCUGAAACAAGACAAGCUCCAUCUGGUAAAGACACCAUUGCCAUUGAUACAGAGCAAUAAAAAAAAAAAAAAGAACAGUGAACUUCUUGUCUUCUCUUCAGCUGUUUCAGAAAGAGGAUGAUUUAAUUUGGAGAGGAAGAAUCUGUAAAGUCAAUUUUCAUU